GUGUUCAGAGAAAUCUCUGGAUAAAGAACGAGGAAUGGAGACUGGGCAGACUCUGCUGUAACAGGAAAAGGAACAGGAAAUCCUCCUCCUCCUCCUCCUCAAAGCCUCAGAUAAAUCCACUGCACUAGAUUUAGCCUAAUCGCAGAAACAAGUUUGAACAAGGACUUUCUGAAAAAAAGUACAAGCGUACAAAAUCAAGAAAGAGGAAAAAAAGGUAAACAAAUCCCCAAAUCAUUGUUCCAGACAUUUUGCUAGUGAAUCAAAACGGACGUAGCUUGUUUUUACGAAACUUUGGGAAAAUAAUGAUGCUGUUUUCACUUUCGAUUCUUUCUUUGUUAACAGAUGUAACUUCCGGUUUUUGUCGAGAUGGUUUUGCGCAGGUGCAGAACUGGUGUUUUUCUUUCAAUCUUCAACCUGUAGGAAUGUAUGACACAUCACGUGAGUGUGACCGACAGGGGGCGGGACUUGUUACUCUGGACUCAGCUCAAAAAGAAAGGGCAUUAACUCAGUUCAUUGAAGAUAUGAAUUUCUUUGGCCUUCAACAGGAUAGAAGUGCUCUCCAGCGAUCUCUCGAAGAACUGAUGAACACCGACAACGACGCAGCCGCAUUUUGCGAGGACUAUAAAAAGAACGGAGAAACAUCCAAGUCGUACACGUUUAUCCCUAAUGCAAAGAUCCCGCUGGGCUCUAACCCGGAGGAUCGCGCCAACCACACCACCCCAGAGGGGUUCCGUAUCAAGCUGUCCACGAUCCCGGGGGCUGGAUUCGGGGGAUUCACAGAGGGGUUUGUACCGAAACACACCAUCAUAGGAAGUUACGAGGGACUCAUUCACACCAACCACAAAGACGAUGACCUUUACUCCUGGCAGACAGAGAAGGUAGGAUCGGAGGGUAUGUACGUCAUAGACGCCGGAAAUCCGGCCAACAGUAACUGGUUACGGUGGAUCAAUUGUGCCGGAAAUGUGGAACAGGAGAACGUAAUAGCUGUGUCGUGCGCAGGCCUGAUCCUGUACAUGACUACUAGAGAUAUUUAUCCCGGAAGUGAGAUGUUUGUCUGGUAUGGUGACGGGUACGGAGAUUAUCUCAAAAUCAGCCGAGUUCACCCAGAGUCGGAUCUACAAGGGAUUUUUAACAUCCGGGUAAACGUCCUCUCGUUUGAUGAGGAGGACCGAACGAUCUACAACGACGGAAGUCCCGUCACAUACAUGAACUGGAUACCGGAAGCAGCGUCUGACGUUGUCGACAACACAUUUGGCCUCGUUCUGAUGUACAAUGGAAGCGAAUGGAAAUGGUUUCCGGAGAAGGACUAUCGAUAUUUUACCGGACCGGAAGGACUACAUCUUCCAUAUGUAUGUGAGGAUAGAACAACUUACAAUGAGGAUGGCGUUAUCGAUCCUGAUUACAGGGAUUAUGAGACAGGGGACACGACUUCAAGUCACAUAGACUCCGAAAUUUUAGCUGAAGGCGACAUGAAGCCAUUAAAAAGUGAGGAUCGAUUAGAACCGGAAGUAGUGUGUGAUGGUUCAGUGUAGAGUCUUCUUGUGUUUGCUUAAUUUAUUUUGUUGGUUAUGUUCUGGAGAGAAAGAAAGUGUGACAGACACAGAGAAAAAGAAUGAGAGUGAGAGAGAUAGAAUGGAUAAGCCAGAGGUUGAGUGAAUGAGCGAAAGAGAGAGAGAGAGAGAGAGCGUUUUAUUUAUUUUUUGAAAUAUGUUAUUUCAUUUUUUUUAAACAUAGAACUGUGAUUUAUUUUAAAGUAUUACACUGGACAUUUUUAAAGGAAGACAUUAUUCUUAACAUUAUUAAUUCUUUAUUUAUAUAUAAAUAUACAUGUACAUGUCUUUGUAAUGAAAUAAAAUUUACCAUAUAAUAA